AUGGCGGAUACUGCUGGUUAUCCCACCGACACCUCUAAGACAGGGUUCGGCGCGCACGCCGACACCGUCCACACCAACAAGCGAAAGCGAGAUACACGAGAUCAAGGCCCUACGACCAACCGACCCGCUCCUGCGACCAGCGCCGCCGGCAGUACCAACGACUUAAGUGACCAAGCCACCGCCUCAUUUCUUGCCGCACACAACGCUUCGACUAACGAGGACGAUAUGCAGCAACAGUUCGGCGUACACCAGAACGGCGGUGCCAACGCCUCCAGCGUCGGUGAUACCGCUGCCGCUGCUCUCGCCUACCAUCAGAUGACCGUACCCCAAGCGACAGAGCUAUCAUUCCAACCCCAGGCAUCGGCAGGAGAGGGAGCUUCAUUCAACAUGGGCGACCAUCACCAGCCACAACAGGGCAUGCAGGAUUUCAGUCUCGAGGCCCUGAAAGCAGCUACGUCUUCCUCGCGAUCCGGCCAAGCCGCGACUAACGAGUCCCCGCCCGCCACCGCUACUCACAAGCCGCCGGUCGGAUCAGAGGAAUGGCACAAGGUGCGCAGAGAUAACCAUAAAGAAGUCGAGCGUCGUCGCCGCGAGACCAUCAACGAGGGCAUUAACGAGCUCGCAAAGAUCGUACCUGGCUGCGAGAAGAACAAAGGCUCCAUUCUGCAGCGUGCUGUCCAGUUCAUCACACAGCUGAAGGAGAACGAGCAGCAGAACAUCGAGAAAUGGACCCUCGAGAAGCUUCUCACAGAGCAAGCCAUUACCGAACUUAGCGCUAGCUGCGACAAGUUCAAGGCCGAAUGCCAGCGAGCGUGGGACGAGUGCGCAAUCUACAAGCGCGCUUGCGAAAAUGCGGGUAUUGUCCCCGAUGAGAUCAAAGAGCGCGAAAACAACGACGACCAGAAUGGUUCGAGCUAA